UUUUUGUCAAUUCUUUCUUUAGCAAACUGUCAAAAGUACCAACCUACCUGGGAGAGUAUCGAUUCCAGACCUAUACCGGAGUGGUAUGAUGAUUCUAAGAUCGGUAUGUUCAUUAAUUGGGGGGUAUACACCGUCCCCUCCUGUACCAGUGAGUGGUUCUGGUGGUUCUGGAAAGGACAACCCCAACCAAAUGUGGUAGAAUAUAUGAAGAAAUUUUAUCCACCAAAUUGGACGUAUGCAGACUUUGCUAAAGAGUUCCGGGCGGAGUUUUACGAUCCUAAUAUGUGGAAAGAUGUAAUUGUGUCCUCCGGGGUCAAAUAUGUUGUCUUAGCUUCCAAACAUUGCGAUGGAUACAGCAUGUAUCCGACUAAUGUAACGUAUCAAUGGAAUUCACGAGAUGUUGGACCAAAGCAAGACCUUGUAGGUCCUUUGAAGGAAGCGCUAAAAGGGACCGAUGUGAAGUUCGGGAUCUACCACGCCAUGAUAGAGUGGUUCAAUCCAAUAUGGCUGACGGAUCAAGCGAAUAACUUUUCAACACAGAGAUAUGUCAAAGACUACAUACAUCCCCAACUGUAUGAGAUUAUCAACACGUAUCAACCGGAUGUUCUAUGGAAUGAUGCUUGCUGGUUGGCUCCGAGUUGGUACUGGAACUCAACAAUAUUCCUAGCAUGGUUAUACAACGAGAGCCCUGUCAAAGAUAAUAUCGUUGUUAAUGAUCGAUGGGGAUAUGACUGCUUCUGCAAACAUGGAGGAAUUUGGACCUGUUCAGAUCGUUUUCAUCCGGGUCAUGUGAUGCCACAUAAAUGGGUCAAUGCCAUGACAGUAGACAGAGGUUCAUGGGGAUUCAGAAGAAAUGCAGACCUGAGUCAGUAUUACUCCAUAGAGGAACUUUUGGAGGAAGUGAUUUAUACCAUAAGCUUUGGAGGAAACAUACUCAUUAAUGUCGGACCAACAUCAUGGGGGACUAUUUCCCCAAUCUAUGAAGAAAGAUUCCGUCAGUUAGGGUCGUGGCUGAAGGUUAAUGGAGAGGCAAUCUAUAAGACGACACCUUGGAUUCAUCAGAAUGACACGGUGACAAAUAGGGCAUGGUACACUGCAUCUAAGGCUGACAAGAACACUAUUUACUGCAUGGUGUUGGAUUGGCCAUCGGAGAACGAGAUAAUUCUUGGAUCCCUGAAGGACACGCCCGUUUCUAAUGUAACACUGCUUGGUUCAGACGCACCGGUGAACUUUAUGCAAGAAUCAGAAGGACUAAAAGUUAUAUUUCCCACUCUAAAUAUACGAAAGAUGCCUUGUCUGUGGGCGUGGUCUCUAAAAAUUAUUCUCAAACAAUAGACAGGAAAUGACGCAA